CACACUGCAAAAAUAUAAACAUUGUUCUUAAAAAACAAAAAACAAUACGAAAUGUCAAAACCGUAUGGCCUAAUAAUCCCGGGGCAGCAAAAGAAGGAGGCUGCCAGGCCGGCAAAGCCGCCCAUCAAACCGUCCAUAUUCGAUGAGAGCAGCGAGUCGGACGACAGUGCCAAUAAUGCCCCACAAAUACGCCCGAAAGCUAGCGUAACCGGAGGGCCCAGUGUAAUGGAGCGUCGGGUGGCACGCCGCAUGCAGGAAAAGGCCCUGGCCGAGGAUCCCACCAUAUUCCAGUACGACGAGCUCUAUGACGAAAUGGAGAACAAACGAGACGAGGCCAAGCUGACCAAAAGUAAGGAGCCCCGCAAGGCCAAGUACAUCAACCGUCUCAUGGAGCACGCCGAGCGGCGGAAGCUAGAGAAGGAGCUGCGUGUCGAGCGGCAAGUACAGAAGGACCGCGAGGCUGAGGGCGAAAUGUACAAAGACAAGGACACCUAUGUGACAGCAGCGUAUCGCAAAAGGCUUGAGUACGUGCGUGAGCUCCAAGAAAAAGAACAGCGGGCCGACUACCUCGAGGCCAUUGGAGAUGUGACCAAGCAAAAGGACCUCGACGGCUUCUACAGACAUCUGUACGAGCAAAAACUGGGCACCGCAGAUACGAUGGUCAAGCCCAAGACGGCACCAUCCACGGAGGAAGUGGCCUACAAGCCCAUCAAAGCGGAUGUGCCAAAGCACCGCAGCUACAGAAAACGCCGUGCCUCUGAGGAUGAAGAGCAGCAGCAGCCUCCAGCAGCGUCUCCUGCCAAGCCGACCUCAGUUCCAGAUCCAACUGAAGACAAGCCAGGUAGUGCAACCAACUCCCAGGCGCACUUGAACAACAACAUAGAUGCGGACUCUGACUUCAGCAUUGAUGAUUCCACCGAAGAUGAGGUGGAGGAUGAGAAGGAAAAGAAUAUGAAGCUGGCACAGGCCAAGAAGCAAAAGCAGACUAAGAAGCUGGACCAGGACCAGGACCAGGAUCGGGACCGGGACCAGGAUCAGGGAAAUAAGUCGGAGCAGUCCAAGAGUCCAGACCAUGCCAAGAAGAAGGAGAAGCAGAAAAAGAAGAUGGAGCCAGCAGAAAACCCCGAUACCAGUAAGGAAGCUACUGCAGAUCCCAAAUACAAAUCAAAGGAUGACGAUGGGCAGGAUACUGAUUUGAAGAACCUGCCCAUCCCCACCGUAACCAAGCCGACCGUCGACCGUACUCUCAUCUGGCGCAAGCGGACCGUUGGCGAGGUCUUCGAGGCGGCCUUGGCCCGCUAUCAGGUGCGCAAGAAGUCCCGCCAGGGCUGAGAUCCAAUUAUACAAGUUUUGGCACCGCAUUAAAAUGGAAAAGAGCCGAAACACGAGAACAAAAAAUGAUUUGUCCAUUGUUUGCUUAUUAUGUUAAUUUCAAUUUGUCCCCCGUGUCAUAGAUUAUUUAUGCAUGUGCAUGGCCGGGCCGCCAUUCCCGCUCCGGGCCGGUCCGCAAAGGCAUCUUCUGCGGCGAAACCCCCUGGUGCAAAUAUUUUGCAUAAGUUGCAAUUUUCCUUUUUUCCCCUCUUCAUUCGCUUUACAAAAAUAGCAAGACAAGAAAAGAGUGCCUGCUUCGUGGGUCGAGACUGUAGAUACCCUUGCAGGAUUUUCUAUUAUUGUUAAAAGCGGCUUUCCGUACAAAUGCUUGUCAUACGAUCAGUAGUUCCAAUGGCAUCUAUAUAAAUUGCAAGAUCUGAUUUCCUAGACUCAUACAGAGAAACAAUA